CUCACUCACACUCACAUCCUCACCCUCCUCCAGCCCCACAAGCCCACAAUGGCUUUCUCCACCCUGUCUGACUGUUCCAGUGACUUGAGCUACAGCAGCCGGGUCUGCCUGCCUGGGUCAUAUGACUCCUGCACUGGGUCCUCCUGGCAGGUGGACGACUGUCCAGAGAGCUGCUGUGAGCCCCCCUGCUGUGCCCCCAGCUGCUGCCCCCCGGCCCCCCGCCUGACCCUCCUCUGUGCCCCAGUGAGCUGCGAGUGCAGCCCCUGCUGCCAGCCAGCCUGCAGCAGCUCCUGCCCAGCCUCGUGCUGCCAGCAGUCUAGCUGCCAGCCCGCCUGUUGCACCUCCUCCCAUUGUCAGCAGGCCUGCUGUGAGGCCGUCUGCUGCAGGCCUGUGUGCUGUACACCUGUCUGCUGUAGGCCCGUCUGCUGCACACCUGUCUGCUGCAGGCCUGUCUGCUGCACACCUCUCUGCUGCAGGCCCGUGUGCUGUGAGUCUUUCCCCUGCUCAGCCUCCUUGUGCUGCCAGCCCAACCCCUGCUCCUCGGUGAGUUGCAGACCUUCUUCCUCCGUGUCCCUCCUCUGCCGUCCUGUGUGCCGCCCUGCCUGCUGUGUGCCCACCUCCUCCUGCCAGCCCAGCUGCUGUCGCCCGGCCUCCAACGUGUCGCUGCUCUGCCGGCCUGCGUGCCCCCGCCCUGCUUGCUGCAUCCCAACCUCAGCCCCAGAGCCCUGUUGCUGACCUGGCACAUUGCCAACUCCUUCCAGGGCCAACGCUGGCUUUCACGUGAAAUUUCUGUAGCCUAGAGCCAAGUCUGGGGUCUCCUUCUGCCCCAGAAUUUCCUGUGAGCAGCCUGGGCUGGCUCCUGGUUCCCUCCAGGCCCUGAGUGUCAGCCAGCAUCCUGUUUUCCAUCCUUGUUGGUCAUAGAUUUUGUCCUGACCUAGGUGAGGGGGCUGCUUGUUAACAAAUAAAGUCAUUGUCAUGCCCUC